AUGUGGAAAAGGCAGAGCGGAGGUGGAAUGUGGAAGAGGCAGAGCGGAGUUGGAAUGUGGAAGAGGCAAAGCGGAGGAGGAAUGUGGAAGAGGCAGAGCGGAGGUGAAAUGUGGAAAAGGCAGAGCGGAGGUGGAAUGUGGAAGAGGCAGAGCGGAGUUGGAAUGUGGAAGAGGCAAAGCGGAGGAGGAAUGUGGAAGAGGCAGAGCGGAGGUGAAAUGUGGAAAAGGCAGAGCGGAGGUGGAAUGUGGAAGAGGCAGAGCGUAGGUGGAAUGUGGAAGAGGCAGAGCGGAGGUGGAAUAUUGAAGAAACUGGGGAGGUUGAAUGUGGAAGAGACACAGGGAAGGUGGAAUGUGAAAGAGGUAGUGUGGAAUGGGGAAUAG